CCCAUGAAGAGAGAACAUGGCCGGAGUCACAUUUCUAUCUGACCAUAAAGUCAACAGUGGAAUAUUCUAGAUAAAGUGUAAAAGGCUCCGACCAGAUGAGGAGAUUCGGUCUUAUUUGCUUUCGUUUGUAAGAAAAAAAGAAAAGAAAUUGAUGGUUGUCAUGGAGGACGUUCUAUUGCCUACAAUGUGUACAGUGACUUCCCGCCAUUUCCGGCCCUGCUGACAGGUCACAUGACAUGUAUGUUACAGCAUUUGCCGUCCAUCCACACACCGCCCCCCACAGUCUAAUCACCAUGACAACUCCACACAACACAGUGGUGGCCACCAUUAUGGCUUAUAGAACAUUAGAACAAGACUGAUGUCAUCAUGAUGAUGUCACAAUGCUGAGCCGGGGUAUACACUGCCUGACCGGCUGACUGAGUCCUUUGAGGGUUGUUGAAGUCGAGAUGGCAGGCUUUACAGAGAUGGAGCUGAGCGGGAUUGUUUUGGGGAUUAUGGUGGGAAUAUUAAUUGUUCUUUGGCUGCUGCAUUAUAUGGGGAAGAAAAUCAAAAAAUGGAUGAAAGAACGGAGGAGGAAGAGAGCGAGGGAGAGGAGGAUGAGGAGGAUAAAGCAGUGGGAGAGGAGGAUGAAGAGGAGGGAGUGCAAGUGGCGGAAGAGGAUGGAGCGGGAGUGGAGGAGGAGGUUCGAGCCUGACUCAAAAAUUCCAUUUGGCAUUAUAAAGAAAGAUGAAAUAGUCAGUGCUGGACUGAGGAUGAUAUACCAUCAACAAUAAAAAAUAAAAAAUAAAUUAC